AUGUUCCUCUUACUUGCUGUCAUGGCUUUUGACAGACAUGCUGCAGUUUGCAAGCCCUUACAUUAUGCCACUACCAUGACGACUAGUGUGUGUACUCACAUGGUGAUUGGCUGUUAUGUCUGGGGCUUGUUUGAGUCUGCUGUACAUACUGGAUUCACCUUCUCCCUCUCCUUCUGCCGUUCUACGGUCCAUCAUUUUUUCUGUGAUAUCCCUCCAAUCCUGGCUCUUUCUUGUUCUGAUAUCUAUGUGAAUGAGAUCGUCCUUUUUAUCUUAACCUCAUUCAAUGUCUGUUUUGCUCUGAUAGUUAUCUUGACCUCCUAUGCUUUCAUAUUCAUUGCUAUCCUGAGGAUGCGUUCAGCAGAAGGACGGAAGAAAGCCUUCUCUACUUGUUCAUCCCACCUCACCGCUGUGACCAUAUUCUAUGGAACUGUAAUCUUCAUGUAUCUACAGCCCAGUUCUAGUCAUUCCAUGGACAAUGACCAAAUGGCAUCUGUGUUCUACACCAUAGUAGUUCCCAUGUUGAACCCAAUUGUCUAUAGCUUAAGGAAUAAAGAAGUUCAUAGUGCUUUCAAGAAAGUUGUAGAGAAAAUGAGGUAA